AUGUUAUUAUUUUUUCAAUGUGAAAGCAUAUUAAAUGAUAAUAAUGCAAUCUUAAAACGUGCUUAUAGAGAGAAAGCCAUCGAGUUUUAUGCAAGUGGGGUUUCAUCGCAAAGAAUUAAUGGCACAAUCCAGCCAACAAAACCAGAAUAUGCUUUUGACCAGAUAGAUAAGAGAUAUGAUUGGUGUUCUAAUUGCGGAAAACACCAAAAGGACUUCCCUUGGAUAAUUUUCUCAAUCAAAAAUCAUAUUAUGAAUUUAGAAGGUUAUUUCCUCAAGGCAGGAUGCUGUUAUGAUGGGUGUUGCUGUUAUGAUGAAUCAAAGCGCUGUUGCGAGUGCUGUCUUUUUAGCUGGUCCUUCCAAAUUUCAAAUGAUAAUAUCACAUGGAAAACAAUUCACAAAGUUGAACGCGAUUACGAACUACAUCAUUGUAGAGAGAAAACAUUCAAAUUUACAGAAGUCCAUAAGGCCAAAUUUGCAAGAUUAAUUCAAGAUGAAACCUGCUAUGGAGAUCCUCCAUGCAUAGCACUAAACAAAAUAGAACUGAUCGGAAAUUACGAAGGUGGCAUGCCAAUAGUUAAUGAUCCAGGAGAAAUAGAAAAUGAUGAGGAUGAUGUAAGCAUAAUUGGUCAUAUAUCAAAGAAUUCUAUGCAUUAA